AUGUAUAGUGUCGCGUAUUUGCUCGAUUCGAUAGAGGAGUCGCUCUCUUCCGGUACUGAUGAUGAGGGCCCCAGGAGGGCGCCCUUGGUCGAGAUCGAGAUGAAUCCUGUAGGCGGGCCGGCUGGCGACGAGGGGUCGGAUGACGAGCCGGGGCCGUUGAUUGAUGACGAUGAGGCGUCGGAUUGGUCCGAGUCUGAUAGUGAUGAUGACGGUGAAGUGGAUGAGGAGGCGAUGCCUCCGCCACCGCCGGCCUAUGAGAACUCCGCGAAGAAGCGGAAAAAUGACCUCACUGCAACCGAAUGGGCCAUUUAUAAGCGGUACGGCCUCUGCACUAAGUGCGGUCGCCAGGGACACCUCGCUAAGACGUGCGGGAAAUGA